AUGGCUAAUUCUGAAGAGGUUUUCCCAUGGCUAAAAUCGCUUCCAGUAGCACCAGAGUAUCGACCAACUCUAGCAGAGUUUCAAGAUCCAAUAGCUUACAUUUUCAAGAUCGAAAAAGAAGCAUCCAAAUAUGGAAUCUGCAAGAUCAUUCCACCGGUUUCACCUUCUCCUAAGAAAACCGCUGUUUCUAACUUCAACCGGUCUCAACCCCGGUUCACAACCCGUCAACAGCAGAUCGGAUUCUGUCCACGGCGACCUCAGCCGGUUCGACGGCCGGUCUGGCAUAGUGGUAACCACUACUCAUUCCGUGGAUUCGAAGCUAAGGCUAAGUCUUUUGAGAAAAGUUACUUCAGAAAAGGGAAGAAGCUUGGUCAGUUUUCGCCUCUCGAAGUUGAAGCUAUGUACUGGAAAGCUACUGCUGAUAAGCCUUUUUGUGUUGAGUAUGCGAACGACAUGCCUGGUUCUGCGUUUGGGGAAGUAAACGACGGUGGUUGUGGUUUUGGGGGAGAUGGUUUUUUGACAGUGGGUGAAACGGGUUGGAAUAUGAGAGGGGUUUCGAGGGCGAAUGGGUCUUUGUUGAAGUUUAUGAAAGAAGAGAUUCCGGGUGUUACUUCUCCUAUGGUUUAUGUUGCUAUGUUGUUUAGUUGGUUUGCUUGGCAUGUGGAGGAUCAUGAUUUGCAUAGCUUGAAUUAUCUUCAUUUGGGGGCUUCUAAGACUUGGUAUGGUGUUCCUAGAGAGGCUGCUGUUGCUUUUGAGGAUGUUGUUAGAGUUCAUGGAUAUGGAGGAGAGAUUAACCCUCUUGUUACUUUUGCUAUUCUUGGGGAGAAAACUACAGUGAUGUCCCCUGAAGUAUUCGUUCGCGCAGGUGUUCCAUGUUGCAGGUUAGUGCAAAAUGCUGGGGAGUUUGUUGUGACAUUUCCAAGAGCCUAUCACACAGGAUUCAAUCAUGGUUUUAAUUGUGGAGAGGCAGCUAACAUUGCAACACCUGAAUGGCUGACAGUUGCUAAAGAUGCUGCUAUUAGGAGGGCUUCAAUUAAUUAUCCUCCCAUGGUUUCACAUUUCCAGUUACUUUAUGACCUUGGCCUUGCUAUGUGUUCUAGAAUCCCUGAAGACAUCAGCGUCGGACCAAGGAGUUCUCGACUUAAAGAUAAGAAGAAGGGUGUAGGACAAACCGUAAUUAAAGAACUAUUUGCACAGGACGUGUUAAAGAAUAAUGAUCUGCUGCAUGCACUCGGCAAAGGAUCUUCUGUAGUACUCCUUCCUCGUAGCUCUUCUGACUUUUCUGUUUACUCAAAAUUACGUGUUGGAUCUCAACAACUAAAGGUUAACACCGAGUUUUCAUUCAAUGCGUGCAAUUCUGAGGGAACAAAUUACUCAAAAAAGUUCGUUUCAGACGAUCUAGUAUUCAACAGGAAUCAUGGAAUCAAAAAAGUAAAAGGUUUUUCUUCUGUAAAAGAAAAAUCUGCUACCUUAUGUGAAAGGAACAGAGUUUGCUCAUUCAGUGCAAAUGGUGAUACAUGCACUUCAAAUUCAAAAACAUUGCAAAGAGACACUGAAAAAGAUACUAGUCAAGGAGAUGGGUUAUCAGACCAGAGACUAUUCUCAUGUCUCACAUGUGGAAUAUUAAGUUUUUCCUGUGUUGCAAUUGUACAGCCUAACGAACCAGCAGCUAGAUACCUUAUGUCAGCUGAUUGUAGCUUCUUUAAUGAUCGGAUAGUUGGGUCUGGAGUAAAUAGAAAUAAGUUUACUGCUGCCUAUGAAGAUGCAAACGUUCCCAAGCAGAGCACAUAUACAGGAUGGACAAAACAGAAUGCCGGAAAUGAUUUAUACGAUGUUCCUGUUGAAUCUGUGGAACAACAAACACAAAUUGCUGAUCAAAGUUAUAUGGAAGCUUCAGAUACUGAAAAAGAAAACACGGCUCUUGCAUUGUUGGCUAUAGCAUAUGGAAAUUCAUCCGAUUCCGACGAAGAGGAUCAAAGUGACUCAGAUAUUGCAGUUGAUGGUGAUGAUUUAAACACGACGAACCCUCCAUUAGAAAGUAAAUCCCAGGAGAGGCCUUGUUUGCCUUCUCAAUUUCAAGAUUGCCAUGCUAGCCCUGUAAAUAUUAAUAAUUAUGAGAGUUAUAUGCAUAAGAAAGUUGAGCGCAUUAUGAGUCCUUUUGAUCAUUCUACCUUGAAUUGUUCCGAAGAUACUCUUACUGAAAUGCCUUUGUUGGGCAAGACUGUGAAUCCCGUUGACAAUAAAAAUCUAUCAUUGGUGCCACCAACUAAUGAAGAUGCGUCUAGGAUGCAUGUCUUCUGUCUAGAGCAUGCUGCAGAAGCAGAGCAGCAACUUCGCCCAAUUGGAGGAGCGCAUAUAUUGCUCCUAUGUCAUCCAGAUUAUCCGAAGAUAGAGGCUGAAGCGAAGUUUAUGGCAGAAGAAACCGGGAUUGGUUAUAAGUGGAAGAAUACCAUAUACAGGCAUGCCAGCGGGGAAGACGAGGAGAGAAUUCAAUCAGCUCUGGAUAGUGAGGAGACUGUUUCUGGCAAUAGUGAUUGGGCUGUAAAGUUGGGAAUCAAUCUCUUUUAUAGUGCCAAUCUUAGCCGGUCUCCACUUUACAGUAAGCAGAUGCCUUACAAUUCUGUUCUGUAUUAUGCAUUUGGUUGUAGCUCUCCAGUAAGCUCGCCCGUUGAGCCCAGUGUCUGUCAGAGAAGGACAAAUAGGCAGAAAAAGGUAGUUGCUGGAAAGUGGUGCGGAAAAGUUUGGAUGUCUAAUCAAGUCCAUCCCCUUUUAGCAAAAAGAGAGCUUGGAGAUGUUGAGAAUGAGAAAAGCGUGCAAAUGUUGCCAUUACUCGACGAGAAAAGUGAGAGAUCAGAACAUACACAGAAAAGUAAUACUACAAAUAGGAAAUCUGGUAGGAAAAGGAAAGUGGCCGUAGAGAGUGAAGGAGAGUGGGAAGGAAGUUUUUCUGAGGAGGAUUGGCUUUCUGAUCAUUCAAUUGAAGAUAAAUGCAAUCAAUCUCAAAGGAGGAUUUGUGCAAGUAAGCGAACCAGGCAUAUUGAGGGACAUGACACUGCUUCAGAAGGGGAUUAUUCUCCUUUGCAGCACCAUAACAUGCUUAAAAGCAAGCAUACAAAAUGCGUGGAAAGUGAUGCAGUUUCAGAUGAUUCGCUAGAUGAUGAUACAAUGGACUAUGAUUCUGAUUUGCCACUGAAGGAAGAGCAUAGUGACACGCAAUAUGCUAAAUCAGAGGAUUCAUUGGGUGUUGGUUCUCGUCAGUGGCAUAGGAAGACUCCUAAAAGCAAGUAUGACCAAUACACUGCUGAAGAUGUGAUUUCUGAUGACCAAACAGAGGUUUAUAUUCAGAAGCAAAAACGCAGGAUAUCUAAAAGCAGGCAAAACAAUUAUCUUUCUGAAGAAGAAGCAGUGAUAUCUGACGAUCAACUGGAGCACUGCAUGCUCAAGCAACAGAAGAGGAGUCCUAAAAGCUGGCAGGCCAAUUACCCUGUUGAAGAGGAUAUUAUAUCUGAUGACGAACCUGAAUGCCAUUCUCGCAAGUAUCAAAGAAGGAUUCCAAAAGACAAACAAGCCAAACCCAUCGUCGGGGAAGAUGUAACAUGUGAUGACCAGUUGGAGUGUCACUUUCAGAUGCCCCGGAGAAGUAAGCGAAUGAGCAAGAAAAAUAAAUAUAAUGAUGAAAAAAAUAUGGAUGACUCGGCUGAAAGUGAUUCUCAUGUGCUGCAUAAAACUCCUAAAAGGAAGCUAGCUAAAUUCACAGAUGAAAACGAUCUAAACUCAGAUGGUCAGAUGGAGGAUGAUUGUCAUCAGCAACACAAGAGACCUCUUCGACGUAAGCAAACUAAAUCACAAACUCUUCAUCAAAUGAAACAAGCUAAUUCGCCCUGUGUGAGAAGCAAGCCAUCUCGGCCUGUGAAACGUGGUGCUCAUUUGCUAACAAAAUCAAAGGCUCCUCGGAAAAUGAAGCAACAGCCUCUUGUGUGGAACGAUCAAUCAGUUAACUCCAAAGAUGAAACUUCACAAAUUGAAGACAAUGAAGCUAGAAGACCUCCCAGCAUGCGCAUUAGGAAAAGAGUCCAAAAAAUUCAGAAUGAAUCCGAGGGGAAAACAAAAGAAAAAGAAACCAAAAAGAAAAAAGUGAAGAAUGCAAUAACUGCAAAGGUUUCAGCUGGCCGUGUCAUAGAGAAGGAUGAGGAAGGAGAAUACCAGUGUGACAUUGAAGCGUGCACCAUGAGUUUUUAUUCUAAACAGGAGCUGAUGCAUCAUAAGAAAAAUAUAUGUCCCGUGAAAGGGUGUGGAAAGAAGUUUUUCUCACACAAAUAUCUGGUGCAUCACCGUCGAGUUCAUGAGGAUGAUCGCCCACUAAAGUGUCCUUGGAAGGGAUGCAAGAUGGCUUUCAAGUGGUCAUGGGCUCGUACUGAACAUAUUCGAGUCCACACCGGUGCUCGUCCAUAUGUGUGUGCUGAGCCGGGGUGUGAACAAACGUUCAGGUUUGUUUCUGAUUUCAGCCGCCAUAAGCGAAAAACUGGUCAUUCAGUAAAGAAAACUCGUAAAUAG